UUACUUUGUUCUUCACAGCUACACAACUUACAUACAUAGAACGUACAUUACUCAAUUCUAUCAUUGUUAGUUGUUACAGUUGAAAAUGAAGCAUCUCAAUCCCAUAAUUGCUCUUUGCACCAUGUUGUGGGCAUGUGCUUACACAGCCAUGUCCAGAACACUGUAUGAUGAAACAUCAUCUGUUGUUGCCAAAACGCACCAGCAGUGGAUGUUGCAAUAUGGGCGUUCCUACACAAAUGAUGCUGAGAUGGAGAAACGCUUCAAGAUAUUUAUGGAGAAUUUGGAGUACAUUGAAAAGUUCAACAAUGCUCCUGGCAACAAGAGCUACAAGUUGGACCUCAAUCAAUUUUCUGAUUUAACAAAUGAAGAGUUUAUUGCUUCACAUACUGGACUCAUGAUUGAUCCAUCCAAACCGUCUUCUUCAUCCAAGAGGGCGUCACCUGCAUCUUUGGACCUGAGUGAUACACCAACAAGCUUGGACUGGAGAGAGCAAGGAGCUGUAACCGAUGUUAAGAACCAAGGCAACUGUGGAAGCUGUUGGGCAUUUUCAGCAGUUGCAGCCGUAGAGGGCAUUGUGAAAAUAAAAAAUGGAAACUUGAUCUCACUGUCAGAGCAACAACUAGUGGACUGUGCAAGCAAUGAGCAGAACCAGGGUUGUGGUGGAGGUUUUAUGGAUAAUGCUUUCAGCUACAUAACAGAAAAUGGUAUUGCAAGUGAAAACGAUUAUCAAUACCGAGGAGGUGCUGGAACAUGCCAGAACAAUGAGAUGAUAACACCCGCAGCUCGAAUAAGCGGCUACGAAGAUGUUCCUGCAGGUGAAGAUCAACUGCUGCUGGCAGUGUCACAGCAACCGGUGUCAGUUGCUAUUGCUGUUGGUCAAUCAUUUCAUUUAUACAAGGAAGGCAUUUAUUCAGGACCAUGUGGAUCUAGCCUCAACCAUGGGGUUACUCUAGUUGGUUAUGGGACGAGUGAAGAAGAUGGCACUAAGUACUGGCUGAUCAAGAAUUCUUGGGGUGAGAGCUGGGGCGAGAAUGGUUACAUGAGGUUGCUCAGGGAAAGUGGUCAAUCUGAGGGUCAUUGUGGCAUUGCUGUAAAGGCUUCUUAUCCCACUAUAUGAAUGAAGGCUUCUUAUCCAACUAUACGUACUUUGAAUGAAGUUUAUAGCUAGUAUCAUUUUUUCCCGCUAUAAUAAGUGUGCGCUUGGGCACCAGUUGAUUGUAUGAGAAGGGAGAAAUAUAUAUUUCAUGUCUUUUGCUUUUUUCUUAA